AUGUUUCGUCUACAGGUAACAAAGUUCGGUCCUGCUAUUUUGUCCCAAUUAAUGAAUAUUGGUAUUAGACUAAUCGUGACGAAACAAUGUCACAGUGUGUUCGGCAUCAUGGAUUUGAUACACCAGGAGAAGCCAGAACAUUUUUCGUUGUCCCAAGUUACGAGUGAACACCACGAUAUUGCUUUACAAGUGAUUAAGGAACAUUUUUUGAGUGAACAUGUUUUAGUACGAUCACGAAACAUGGACAUCUCCAACGACUGUGCACUUGAUGAGUAUCUCAUCAGUUUACUCAAACAAGGAAAUUCAAUAUUUGCGAGGGCGGACGACGGCACAAUAGCAGGACUUUGUGUCAACUUUGCCAGUAGCCCGAUUGACCCUAGGAACUUACGAAACUAUGCUUUUUAUAGACAGGAUCCUAACACCAAAGACUUCUUAUAUUUUACGGCAAAACUGCAGGAGACUCCUAACUUAUGGGACGUAUUCAAACAGAAAAAAGUUUAUGAGAUAAAAAUGUUAACAGUUCUACCAGAUUAUCGAAGACAAGGUCUAGGCGUAUUUAUGGCUGAAAAAAGUAAAGAGUUAGCUUACGAUCAAGGGUACAACGUUAUCCGCAUGGACUGCAUCAAUCCUUAUGACUACAAAAUCGCAGAACGUUGUAUGCUACAAUGUCUAGUAAAAUUUCCUCUACACAAGGUGCGUGGUGCCAAUGCACCGUUCAUAAAACGAAGUUCGGAGUUCAACCGAUUAGUCAGAGUUUACGUGGAUGCGCGUGCACAGCCUGACACGGACCGCACAACUGUCAAAAACAGACAACAAGAUCUUGAAAGUCUUAUAGAAUUGUUGGGUAAUUUAUUUAUUGAGAUUUUUUCUGAUCGACUCUAA